CAGUACUGAGAUACAAAAUAAAUGGUUUAUGAUGCACAGUACUUUUAUUAAAUGUCAUCCACGUUGGGUUUAGACGCACAUUAUGUAUUUCGUCGUUUCAGGGACCAUGCCAACAUCAGACCACGUUAAUCGGAGUUUAGCUUAUAUCUUCAUCAUUGUGGGUUUUGAGACCAUGAGGGACAUUGAGAUCUUUCUUUUUUCCCUUUUCUCUAUCAUGUACAUCCUUACCUUGGGGGCUCAUGUUCUUAUCAUCACACUUGUUCUAAUGGAUAACCGCCUACACAAGCCCAUGUAUCUGCUUUUGGCCAACUUCUCUUUGGUGGAGGUUCUAUACACCACAGUGACUAUUCCAAAGAUGUUGGAUGCUUUGCUGACGCGGAACAAAGAGAUCCCUUCCGCUGGCUGCCUUGCUCAGUUUUACUUUUUCUUUGCUUUUGGAGCAGCAGAGAAUUGUUUCCUGGUUGUCAUGGGCUAUGAUCGAUAUGCCGCCAUCUGCCAGCCCUUACACUAUACCAGGUUAAUGACCAGAAGGACUACCUUGGGGCUGGCACUUGCCCCAUGGAUAGUUGGGUUUAUAACAGCUGCCUGCCCCACUAUCUGGAUAUCCAGCCUUAGCUUCUGUUUCCCAAAUUACAUCGACCACUUCUUUUGUGACUACUCGCCCCUUCUGAAGCUGUCUUGUGAGGACACCUCAAGAGGUGAGUUCACAUUCUCUGUGAUAUCCUGGAGUUUAACCCUUGGCUGCUUUUCUCUCAUCAUGGUUUCUUACACUUUUAUCAUUUUCACCGUUCUGAAGAUUCCAUCUGUUGAAGGCCAGAAGAAGGCUUUUAACACUUGUGCUUCCCACCUGACCGUGGUAUUGAUCUUUAAUGGGACGAUCAUAUUCAUGUACAUACGCCCCAAUUCUCACAUCAGGUUCACUCUUGACAAGGUGGUGUCCAUCUUCUAUUGUGUGGUGACCCCUCUGAUGAACCCUAUGAUCUACUGCCUGAGAAACAAAGAGGUGAAAGGGGCCCUUAGAAAGGCUUUCAUGAGCCAAAUGAUAACAGCACAAGUUGGGUGACAACAUCUCUAGAGACUUCCGUUCUACAGACUCCAUAAUACUCUGAAAAUGAAAGACUAUCGCUUUCGGCAUGAUGAGUCCAUCAAAUUGGAAGUUAUAACUGGUCACCAUAGAC